AUGACAAUGCCUCAUCGCUAUAUGUUUUUGGCAGUCUUUACACUUCUGGCACUAACUAGUGUGGCCUCAGGAGCCACAGAGGCGUGCUUACCAGCAGGCCAGAGGAAAAGUGGGAUGAAUAUAAAUUUUUACCAGUAUUCAUUGAAAGAUUCCUCCACAUAUUCGAAUGCAGCAUAUAUGGCUUAUGGAUAUGCCUCAAAAACCAAACUAGGUUCUGUCGGAGGACAAACUGAUAUCUCGAUUGAUUAUAAUAUUCCCUGUGUUAGUUCAUCAGGCACAUUUCCUUGUCCUCAAGAAGAUUCCUAUGGAAACUGGGGAUGCAAAGGAAUGGGUGCUUGUUCUAAUAGUCAAGGAAUUGCAUACUGGAGUACUGAUUUAUUUGGUUUCUAUACUACCCCAACAAACGUAACCCUAGAAAUGACAGGUUAUUUUUUACCACCACAGACGGGUUCUUACACAUUCAAGUUUGCUACAGUUGACGACUCUGCAAUUCUAUCAGUAGGUGGUGCAACCGCGUUCAACUGUUGUGCUCAACAGCAACCGCCGAUCACAUCAACGAACUUUACCAUUGACGGUAUCAAGCCAUGGGGUGGAAGUUUGCCACCUAAUAUCGAAGGAACCGUCUAUAUGUACGCUGGCUACUAUUAUCCAAUGAAGGUUGUUUACUCGAACGCUGUUUCUUGGGGUACACUUCCAAUUAGUGUGACACUUCCAGAUGGUACCACUGUAAGUGAUGACUUCGAAGGGUACGUCUAUUCCUUUGACGAUGACCUAAGUCAAUCUAACUGUACUGUCCCUGACCCUUCAAAUUAUGCUGUCAGUACCACUACAACUACAACGGAACCAUGGACCGGUACUUUCACUUCUACAUCUACUGAAAUGACCACCGUCACCGGUACCAACGGCGUUCCAACUGACGAAACCGUCAUUGUCAUCAGAACUCCAACAACUGCUAGCACCAUCAUAACUACAACUGAGCCAUGGAACAGCACUUUUACCUCUACUUCUACCGAAUUGACCACAGUCACUGGCACCAAUGGUGUACGAACUGACGAAACCAUCAUUGUAAUCAGAACACCAACAACAGCCACUACUGCCAUAACUACAACUGAGCCAUGGAACAGCACUUUUACCUCUACUUCUACCGAAUUGACCACAGUCACCGGUACCAAUGGUUUGCCAACUGAUGAGACCAUCAUUGUCAUCAGAACACCAACAACAGCCACUACUGCCAUGACUACAACUCAGCCAUGGAACGACACUUUUACCUCUACUUCUACCGAAUUGACCACAGUCACCGGUACCAAUGGUUUGCCAACUGAUGAGACCAUCAUUGUCAUCAGAACACCAACAACAGCCACUACUGCCAUGACUACAACUCAGCCAUGGAACGACACUUUUACCUCUACUUCUACCGAAUUGACCACAGUCACCGGUACCAAUGGUUUGCCAACUGAUGAGACCAUCAUUGUCAUCAGAACACCAACAACAGCCACUACUGCCAUGACUACAACUCAGCCAUGGAACGACACUUUUACCUCUACAUCCACUGAAAUCACCACCGUCACCGGUACCAAUGGUUUGCCAACUGAUGAGACCAUCAUUGUCAUCAGAACACCAACAACAGCCACUACUGCCAUGACUACACCUCAGCCAUGGAACGACACUUUUACCUCUACAUCCACUGAAAUGACCACCGUCACCGGUACCAACGGUUUGCCAACUGAUGAAACCAUCAUUGUCAUCAGAACACCAACAACAGCCACUACUGCCAUAACUACAACUGAGCCAUGGAACAGCACUUUUACCUCUACAUCCACUGAAAUGACCACCGUCACCGGUACCAACGGUUUGCCAACUGAUGAAACCAUCAUUGUCAUCAGAACACCAACAACAGCCACUACUGCCAUAACUACAACUCAGCCAUGGAACGACACUUUUACCUCUACAUCCACUGAAAUGACCACCGUCACCGGUACCAACGGUUUGCCAACUGAUGAAACCAUCAUUGUCAUCAGAACACCAACAACAGCCACUACUGCCAUGACUACAACUCAGCCAUGGAACGACACUUUUACCUCUACAUCCACUGAAAUCACCACCGUCACCGGUACCACCGGUUUGCCAACUGAUGAGACCAUCAUUGUCAUCAGAACACCAACAACAGCCACUACUGCCAUGACUACAACUCAGCCAUGGAACGACACUUUUACCUCUACAUCCACUGAAAUGACCACCGUCACCGGUACCAACGGCGUUCCAACUGACGAAACCGUCAUUGUCAUCAGAACUCCAACUAGUGAAGGUCUAAUCAGCACCACCACUGAACCAUGGACUGGUACUUUCACCUCUACAUCCACUGAGAUGACCACCGUCACCGGUACUAACGGUCAACCAACUGACGAAACCGUGAUUGUUAUCAGAACUCCAACCAGUGAAGGUUUGGUUACAACCACCACUGAACCAUGGACUGGUACUUUUACUUCUACAUCUACUGAAAUGACCACCAUUACUGGAACCAACGGCGUUCCAACUGACGAAACCGUCAUUGUCAUCAGAACUCCAACCAGUGAAGGUCUAAUCAGCACCACCACUGAACCAUGGACUGGUACUUUUACUUCUACAUCUACUGAAAUGACCACCAUUACUGGAACCAAUGGUCAACCAACUGACGAAACCGUUAUUGUUAUCAGAACUCCAACUAGUGAAGGUCUAAUCAGCACUACAACGGAACCAUGGACCGGUACUUUCACUUCUACAUCUACUGAAAUGACGCACGUCACCGGUACCAACGGCGUUCCAACUGACGAAACCGUCAUUGUCAUCAGAACUCCAACCAGUGAAGGUCUAAUCAGCACCACCACUGAACCAUGGACUGGCACUUUCACUUCGACUUCCACUGAGGUUACCACCAUCACUGGAACCAACGGUCAACCAACUGACGAAACUGUGAUUGUUAUCAGAACUCCAACCAGUGAAGGUCUAAUCAGCACCACCACUGAACCAUGGACUGGUACUUUCACUUCUACAUCUACUGAAAUGACCACCGUCACCGGUACUAACGGUCAACCAACUGACGAAACCGUGAUUGUUAUCAGAACUCCAACCAGUGAAGGUUUGGUUACAACCACCACUGAACCAUGGACUGGUACUUUUACUUCGACUUCCACUGAAAUGUCUACUGUCACUGGAACCAAUGGCUUGCCAACUGAUGAAACUGUCAUUGUUGUCAAAACUCCAACUACUGCCAUCUCAUCCAGUUUGUCAUCAUCAUCUUCAGGACAAAUCACCAGCUCUAUCACGUCUUCGCGUCCAAUUAUUACCCCAUUCUAUCCUAGCAAUGGAACUUCUGUGAUUUCUUCCUCAGUAAUUUCUUCCUCAGUCACUUCUUCUCUAUUCACUUCUUCUCCAGUCAUUUCUUCCUCAGUCAUUUCUUCUUCUACAACAACCUCCACUUCUAUAUUUUCUGAAUCAUCUAAAUCAUCCGUCAUUCCAACCAGUAGUUCCACCUCUGGUUCUUCUGAGAGCGAAACGAGUUCAGCUGGUUCUGUCUCUUCUUCCUCUUUUAUCUCUUCUGAAUCAUCAAAAUCUCCUACAUAUUCUUCUUCAUCAUUACCACUUGUUACCAGUGCGACAACAAGCCAGGAAACUGCUUCUUCAUUACCACCUGCUACCACUACAAAAACGAGCGAACAAACCACUUUGGUUACCGUGACAUCCUGCGAGUCUCAUGUGUGCACUGAAUCCAUCUCCCCUGCGAUUGUUUCCACAGCUACUGUUACUGUUAGCGGCGUCACAACAGAGUAUACCACAUGGUGCCCUAUUUCUACUACAGAGACAACAAAGCAAACCAAAGGGACAACAGAGCAAACCACAGAAACAACAAAACAAACCACGGUAGUUACAAUUUCUUCUUGUGAAUCUGACGUAUGCUCUAAGACUGCUUCUCCAGCCAUUGUAUCUACAAGCACUGCUACUAUUAACGGCGUUACUACAGAAUACACAACAUGGUGUCCUAUUUCCACCACAGAAUCGAGGCAACAAACAACGCUAGUUACUGUUACUUCCUGCGAAUCUGGUGUGUGUUCCGAAACUGCUUCACCUGCCAUUGUUUCGACGGCCACGGCUACUGUGAAUGAUGUUGUUACGGUCUAUCCUACAUGGAGGCCACAGACUGCGAAUGAAGAGUCUGUCAGCUCUAAAAUGAACAGUGCUACCGGUGAGACAACAACCAAUACUUUAGCUGCUGAAACGACUACCAAUACUGUAGCUGCUGAGACGAUUACCAAUACUGGAGCUGCUGAGACGAAAACAGUAGUCACCUCUUCGCUUUCAAGAUCUAAUCACGCUGAAACACAGACGGCUUCCGCGACCGAUGUGAUUGGUCACAGCAGUAGUGUUGUUUCUGUAUCCGAAACUGGCAACACCAAGAGUCUAACAAGUUCCGGGUUGAGUACUAUGUCGCAACAGCCUCGUAGCACACCAGCAAGCAGCAUGGUAGGAUAUAGUACAGCUUCUUUAGAAAUUUCAACGUAUGCUGGCAGUGCCAACAGCUUACUGGCCGGUAGUGGUUUAAGUGUCUUCAUUGCGUCCUUAUUGCUGGCAAUUAUUUAA